AUGAUGAACCUCCGGUUUGCCGCUACUAUUCUACUCGUCGGCUUACUGUAAGCGCUGCUGUAACUAGGCAGUAUGGUAAGACCCGAAAAAUGCGGAUUUCAGCCUGGUCAGCUCGAUUGAAGCAUGGAAAAAGAAGGGAAAAGAGUCCAGCGAUGAUGGCACAGCUUCGCCUACGGUCUCCGAGGCCGUAUCCUCGACCACUGGCGCCGCUGGAUCCUCUGGAACCAGCGUAACCUCUGUAAGCUCCACUACGACCCCCGCCGGAUCCGCCGGAACCUCCAACACUCCGGAUCCGUCUGCGAGCACCCCGAGUGCUGCCACGCUUCCGUCCGGCGCCACCACUGAACCUCAACCAACCGGUGGAUCUACCGGGACCACUGGGACGCCUGGAUCCACGACCCCGGCGCCGCUUCCCGAUGUCACUGUUAGCCUUCUUCGUGAGUUGCAUCGUAUCUCGGUCAAUUUUGAAGAUUUUUCAACUUUUAAAAAACGAAUCGAAAGGUUGUUUCAUUCUCUACAACUUUUCAGUUGACUACUUUUUAUGAAAACUCUCCUGUUUUAAGAUAUUCGCGUUUCAUUGAAACGAUUCCAGAAUUCGCGGCGCCCGUCUGCUCGGACACCGUCUGCACCUACCAAUUCGCGGCGCCGGGCAACGAUCAAUCGUUCCUGGCGACCGAGAGUUCCGCGAUCGCCGACGACCGUACCCAGUACGUUUCGUUGCAAUCGGCCGCCGACGCGAAAGACACCAAUAUCAAGAAGGCGAGCGACGCGGCGCACGCCAAGAUCCGCGCUCUUCAGACGCUUUUGGACAAUAUUCAGUCGAACCUCGACUCGAUUCACUCGAACAUCGCCGUCAUUCAGGCGAGCCAGCUCGACGCGCAGAGCACUUUGCAAUUCGUCGAAAAGUUCGUUUCGGAUGUGAACUCGGCGCCGAGCAACUGUUUGUACCAAAAGUGUUUGAAGCGUACGUCCAUUUUCCGGAAGAUUCUGGAGACAAAUGUUUCAUUUUUCAGCGACCACUCCAGCUCCGCCGAGUAAGUUUCUUUGCCCCGUUUUUCGGCAAAAGUCGACGAAAUUUGCAAAAAGACACUUUUGACAGCACACGGUCUUCAGAGCUGACAAUAUGCGCGUGGCGUUUUCCCGAAUUGAGCACGUUUUCUCUGAUUUUUGUGCUCAAAGGCGAUGAAAAAUUAUCGUUCGACAUGAAAACACACUAAUUCUCACAAUUAAUGACGUUUUAGCGCAUUUUUCGCGGACUUUGCUUUUUCGCCGAUAGCCGCCGAUCGCCGCACUUCACAUUUUGCGAUUUCUUGACCGUUUUCAGACAGAAUUAGUUUUGAGAAUGAUAAAUCACGUAAAUACAAGCAUUUUGAGCGCUCGAACCGCGAAAAUUGUCGAAAAGCAACUGAAAUCUCCCACGGCGCGAAUGAUUUCAAUGGGGCGCACUUGCAACAGGCGGGCUGUGUCGAUUUACGCGGCGGCGGCCGAUUAAUUAAUUUUCAACGGGAGUUCGCGUUCUUUCCAUGCUUUCUGUACAAUACACCUAUUUUUUGCACGCCUGGAACCUGGAUUCGAAUAAUUAGAGCACUAGCUACGUUUUGGUAACAGAAAUCUCGCAUAUCGUUGAGAAUUAGCCGAGUUAUUUCGAUUUGAAGGUUUCCGCCUGGAUUUUGAUGUUUUUCGAAUAGUUUUCGAAAAGUGCUCAAGAAAACUAACCGCCGGAACCUGAAUUUUGUGAAGAACGAUUCAGCGAACAUUUUUAUCGUUUGUUGGGCUCAUGAAAUGCAAAAUGAGCUGAAAUAUAAAGGUUUGAAGUUUUGACGAAAUGCAAAAAAGACGCUAAAAACAUGAAAAACUCUAAAUUCUAUAAAGAACGGUUUCCAAUCAGUAAAAUAUUGUUUUUUAGACGUUUUUCAAGUCAAAAAAAAAAAAGAAAUAAAGGUCGUAAACUCGAAUUGAACUGCAUUUUUAGACCUGCGCAAAUGUUCAAAAGUUACAACGACACUCCGCAAUUUACUAGCCUAUACAAUCGGUCUAUCGAGAGACAAAUGCGAAAUUAUCGGUUUUUCGUGUGGCUAAUCUGGCAAAAAACACUAAUUUUGCUGUUACAAUUUGAAUUUCGCGCCAAUGUAUCGCUCUAUUGGACGGGGCGCCGCACUUGCGCCCAUUGUCAGCUCUCGAGACCGUGCAGCACGUUGUUCACACUUCUGUUUUUUUUGCAGCGACCACACCGACGCCGGUGCCGACGACUCCGCCGAGUCCGUGCCUCAACUUUACGUGCCCGGGCGACGAGACCGGCGGCGCGUGCCUUCUCGACAACACGAACCAACCGUACUGCACGAAUUGUGUCGACAAUUUCAACGGAUACUCUCAUUGUGAUAGCGGUGAGUGGUUGUUGGGUCUCGCCGCGAAAACGGAAAGCCUGUAAUACCGUUUUUAUAAGUGCGGUAGAGCGCAUUUGCAUCGCUAUUCCAAUUUCGCCUGUUUUUUGCAGUCGCUUGCUCGGCAGCGGGAACCAAUUUCACGGUGAACGCCACCUCUUCCCAAGGUGUUCUCUACUCGAGCGGCUACAAUCAAACGGUGCCCGCGAGUUCUCUGGUGCCGGCCAACUCGGACUGUCGCUGGCAACUUUCCGGAUCGUUUUCCGUCGAUACGACCACCGCCGCCGACUUCAAUCUUACCUGUUUGAGCAGCACAAACGUCGUCAUGUACUUGAUCUCGUCCGACGGAUUUUCGCAAAAAUUGGUCAGCACCACGACGGCAAGAUCGUUGACUUCGGCUCUUUCCAAAUUCACCAAUCCCAUUUUUACGCUGACCUCCACCGCCGCCGACGCCUCCUUCUGCUCCAUUCCGUUGAAGUUGACGUCGUCCGGAAGUGGUGCUCAGGAGGAGCCGAAAGAGAAAAAGAAUGGCUUCUUCUCGUGGCUCAUGGGCUACUAG